AGUCGGUCACACGCCACUGAAUGCUUGUACAUGCACACCCGUUUAUUCUUGCCACGAUCAAAUACAGAUCCCCUUUCCUUUCUUUUAAAUCAUCUCCCUCAGCAUAAGUACCGAAAUUCUCAGGAUGUUUCUGCCUGGCUCUAUCGCUGGCCAGUUAUGUGUACCAUUCUACAGGAAAUGGAUUACUUAAUGCACGAUAAACUACCUCCUCCACUUCUUGAUCCAGGCAGGAAAUGACUCAACUGGUUGUCUCUUUAAACUUGUUAGCAAUAUUCUCUCCUUUCUUUCUCACCUUCUCUUUUUC